ACAUACGUAUAAAUGUAUUACCAAACGAUGAUCAAACAAUCGGAAAACAAGUAUCCGAUCAAAUUCUCGAAUAUGAAAUUGUUCUGAGUUUCUCGUUUAAAUGUGCAAAGAAACACGGAAAACGAUAAUAACAUACGAAUACGAGACGAUAUUGAUAAACGUUCGAAAAUAAUUGUCGAAGAAAAUUAAAUUUAAUGUAAAUUCAAGAAACAAUAAUGCUAAAUUAUGGAAAAUGUAGAAACGUUUUAUUGGGUAGAGUGCGCUGUUUUCGGAUUAUCGGAAUAAUCGUUGUCUAGUCUUCUUUAAAUAAAGCUCGGAUAAAAAUCGUCGGAACGUAAUUCUACUAGAAACGCAUAACGUCGGCUGCAUUUUAGCCUGAGGCUUUUUACGCAAUAUCAGUGAACGUCCUACGAUGUUCGUCGUUCUAGACAUCGAGUUCAUACGUCGUCAUCAGUUUAAUAUUGCGAAGGCAACCAACAUGGCAGUAUAUACGAAACCUUCUGUUUCUAUGGCGGAUAAUGAUGUCGGUAUACGUAAAAAAUAAACGUUUCGACGAUAUUUUCCAUGAUCGACGAUGCCCGAGUAAUAGCGAUAAAUUGUAAAAAUGCAACCGAUCACGAAUAUUUGAAUGUAUAAUAUAACCGGAAGAGCUCUGCGACGCAACCGAUCGGCCAUCACUGACUCUCGAUUGACCAAGUUUGAAUCUUGUAACGGUCGCGCCAGGUUCGUUCCGUUGGUAUUUCCAAUACCAGAUAAUUAAUAGAAACCAAUGAUGGAGGAUACAAACGACAUACUGGUGUGCGCAACAGAAUUUAUAAAAGAUCGAUUAUAUUUUGUAACAUUGAGGACGAUGAUAAAGCCAAAGAGUACUCCAAACACCCAUUAUUUCAGUAUCGACGAUGAACUGGUUUAUGAAAAUUUCUACGACGAUUUUGGCCCGUUGAACCUUGCCAUGUUGUACCAUUACUGUCAGAAGGUUAAUAAAAAGCUGAAGGCGGUAACCUUGAGAAGAAAACAAAUUGUACAUUAUACAACUAUGAAUCCGGAAAAGAGAGUUAACGCUGCUUUCCUUAUAGGAAGCUAUGCUGUGAUAUAUUGUAAACGUACAGCGGAAGAAGCAUAUAAUUGUUUAACCAGUAGUCCUAAUUGCCCGCCGUUUAUUAUGUUCCGUGACGCGUCUGUUGGUACCCCAUGGUACCAAAUAUCAUUGAGCGAAUGUCUGAGUGCCAUAUACAAGUGCCACAGACUUGGAUUCUUUAAUUUUCAAGAUUUUCGUGUCAAGGAAUACGAAUACUUGGAAAGAGUUGAAAACGGGGAUUUGAAUUGGAUCGUUCCUGGUAAAUUUAUCGCGUUUUGUGGACCAUGCGCUAAAUCGAAAAUAGAAAACGGUUAUCCGCUACAUGCACCGAAAUCGUAUUUCACGUAUUUCCGCCACAACGAUGUUAGUACAAUCAUACGUCUUAAUAAAGAAAUGUACGAUGCUUCGAGCUUCAUAGACGAAGGGUUUGAUCACAAGGAUCUGUUUUUUGUUGACGGUUCAUGCCCGACGGAAUCAAUUACGCGUCAAUUUCUUAAAAUAGCGGAGAACGCGAGGGGCGCUGUCGCUGUACAUUGUAAAGCAGGUCUUGGAAGGACGGGUACUUUGAUAGGUUGUUACAUCAUGAAACAUUAUCAUUUGACAGCUCACGAAACAAUCGCGUGGAUAAGAAUAUGUAGACCAGGAUCGGUGAUUGGACACCAACAACAAUGGUUGGAAAAGAACGAGCGGUAUCUUCACUUUUUUCUACAUGAGCCGCUGCAAUCGAAAAACGGAAAUCGAGUGCACAAGUAUGGAAUAUAUUCUAUAAUUGGUAGACCGAAGACAGCAUUUAUGAUCAACCUGAAAGACCCUCACUUGGUACAAGAUAAUGUUUCUGGAAUAAUGCACAGAGUGGAUGGAAUUACGUUAGAAGACCAUACUCCUCCCACUGCUGGUACCAGCGCAACAAAAUAUAUGAAUUUGUCUCAAGGCAGCAAAUUAAUUCAAAUUAAAGCCAAAAGGCGAGGUUUACCAACAAAUCACACGCUUAAUGCAACCACUAGUCCGUCGACUGUCGUACACCCUUACUUAAGACCACUGUUGCAAGCAAGGAAUCAGAAAAGUACAAUCAAUACAUUAACUGGAAACAAAGAGAAAGAUCCCACGAAAAGGGUUCUGCCUAAAUCGACCGCGACAACUAUCGUUAAAAGAAACAGUUGGCUGGUCAACAGUACCUGUGAUCCACCUCCGCGUCGUGUUAAGUCUACUAAACCAGCAACACAGAUCAAUAAUAUCAACAACAACAACAACAACAACAACAACACAACCACCACCACUCCCGUCACCUCGAUAUCCGCAUCGAAACCGGUGACAAGGGCCAGUAUAAGAACCUCCUGCAUCACAAAGACCCGUACUACAAAUACGUCUGCAAAUCAUUCAGUCACGCAACCGCAGCAAGGCAUGAACAUGAUUCUAAGGUCUGCAGAUCGAGUAAAUCGCUAUCAUUCUCUAAGGCAUGCGCACACGACUAAAAGUUAUAAAACUGCAUUUAUCAGAUGACUAACCGAUAUUCUCAGUGGCGUUGGGGAGGACAAUCCGGUAACACGAGCAUCUCACCAGCGUCGAAGAUCUCACCGCUUAAAUCCGAUCAUUCAGUAAAACCAUCUCACUGAUCUUCAAUUCUUCGACUUGAGCACCUAUUGCCCAAGUUUUUAUCAUAACCAACGAAGGUCGAAUAGAUCUGCCAGUCGACGUCAUAGCUUUUUCAAGGUAGUUAUUUUAUGUUCGUAUCCGUACCUUGGGUUAUAAGUUUCUCAUAAUCGUCUCUCGCGCUUGGCACAGAUUUUUUUUAAAAAAAUUUCCCACAUUCUUGCAAUAUGUUAAACAUUCGCAAAACGAGAUCGCCCUUACGUUUUCUUUCUGCGGGUCAGAAAAACGUAAACACUGUCGGAAGUAUUCUCGAAUAAUUUUAAUAAAUGUAUUCACUUUUAUUCGCUUUGCUCUCGACAGGAAAUUGGAUAGAAGCUUGUAAUCCCAAUGUGCAUUCUUACUUAUACCUAUGUGAUUAACAUAACUUAUUUGUUCUCAUACAAAAUGUAAUAUCUAUGCGGUGUGUUAGGACAACCCUGGGAAAAAUUUUAAUGGGGGAUUCUGGAGGCCAAAAUAAGACAAAUAUCAAGAAUACCAAUUUGUCGAUGGAGGCUUCGUUAAAAAGUUAUUA